UUUCUGAAAGAGGUGGAUGUCCAGUAGACGACUCGCCUUCUCACAACGUGCCAGAGAGUUCCAUUGACGUCCACCGUCCGAGUCAUCCCAGGACGUCGACAAGAGUGCAAUUCGUUGACGCGCCGUGUUCCCGUGGAAGGGCGAGGAGACAUUAAACUGGACGAACGAGCGACUGGCUGCGUCCACCAGCACGAGUACGAAGAGUUUGUGAUAUGGACGUCGGCAGCGAAUAAGGAAAAAUUCACUGCUCUCUGAUCACGAAAGUAUCUCGUGGAGGGAAGCUGUCACAUCGAUCUGACGGUGAUUUGAGAAGUCUUUCGCAAUGACAGGGGCACCUCCCUGCGGCGCGGAAGCAUUGGCCUUGCUCAACUGUGUUGCGGAGAAGGGUUAUGACGAGUCCCGGUGUGUUACACUUCUGUCAGUUUUGCGGAGCUGUGUGGAGCGCAAGAACAUCAAAAACUUCGCCAUCGAUAAUGAGAAACGUGAGAACUCAUCGGAUGGUCAAGCACCCGGGCAGAUAAAAUAAGAAAACAUUAUAUCAGAGAUGAGGGGAACUUCCGACGUUGCGGAGAACGAACAGUGCAGAUGACGCAUAGACGCACUGGUUUAAGUCGAGAGGAAGAACUUCUACAAUGGAACAGUUUUGUAUCAUGUUCAGAGUGUUGCCACUUAACGCGGCAUGCGAUGAGAAGUUAGCUGAUAGCGCACCUUUUUAGCUGCCGAGUAUUGCAGACACAAAUAGUACAAUUUCUGUCCUUUCAAUGUGAAUUUUUCAGUCAGACUUGAGUUCACGAUGAGGAGAGGAUCUUUUGACACAAGCUCCACACACGUCGAACGGUUACUGCAAUAAGCUCUCUUUGUAUAAGGUGUCGACAAUACGAAGAGUCUCAGCUCAAACUCUUGACAUACUUCAUUUGCACAUCAGUAUAUGAGAGGUUGAUGCGAUACAUUUGAAACUCUGUAUAUUAGUUGCCAAGUUCCGAGUCCUGGCUGACCCACUUGUGUGAUACUUUGACAUUUUACCG